AUUGUGUGACGCACGGGAUUCAAAGUUGGCAGCAACGUUUCUGUGCGGACUCCUGAUCUUUUGGACUAAAGCUUUUGACAAACACGUUAAAAAGAAAACGUUUUUGUGUCUCCAUGUUUUUAAAGGAUUAAACUGGGUUGUUGGUGACAGAAUGGAAGGUAACGUUAUCGGACCGGGUCCAUACAGGGCGACGAAGCUGUGGAAUGAAACCAUUAAGCUCUUCCGUGGCGGCAUGCCGCUGAAAAGGCACUGGGCAAAUUUCCGCUACUACGACUGCAGCUUCACGGGGUCCGAGGCUGUCGAUUAUUUACACGAGUUGCUGAGGUACAAUUACAACUUUGGACCUGAGGUGACUCGCUACCAGACCCUGCAGCUGCUCAGGAAGUUCCUCAAGGCCCAUGUCAUUGAAGACAUCAAAGGACGUCACGGGACGGAGGACUUUGAAGACAACGGCCAUCUGUACAGGUUCCCCACACUGUCUCCCCUCAAGUCUUUUCCAACGAGACCUUUGUUAAGAGACAGCAGGGACCUGCCCAGACUCAUCCGCUGGGAUGACUACGAAGAGCUGCCUCAGCAGGAAAACAUUGCCCCCGUGAAGUCUGCUGUCAUGACAUCAGAUUUGUGGAAUAAAAGGCACAGUGUAGCCAUUGGAGAUGUUAAUGAAUGCAAGCUCAUACGCAGGAAGGAGAUAACUUCAAAACAAGUGGAUCACAUCUGGAAAUCAAUGACCGUUGCGCAUUUACAGAGAGUCCUGGGCCUAAAGACUUUGGAUGGAGUUUUAAAUCCGGCGCACGUGAACGGCAAGCACAUUGUCCACAAUGUGUUCAAUGUUAAUAAAACGGGCAUAGUCGUAUUGGAGAACAGAGCAGAGGACAUGCCCUACUGGGUGGUAUCGGCAAUGAAAUGCCUCGCAAAAUGGCCUAAUGGCAAUGAAACCAAACAACCAGUCUACCCAGGUUUUGAGAGGGAUGUUCUGAGAACAGUAGCAGACUACUUUCAGAGACUCAAAGAGCCUCUCCUGACUUUCCAUCUAUAUGAAGUUUUUGUCAACAUUCUCAGUCUGCUACAGGACCAGGAGGUAGCUACUGAGGCUCUUCAAGUCAGCAGUCUCCUCCUUCCACCACCUAACCGAAGACGCCUCCAGCUUUUAUUGCGCCUCAUGGCUCGGGUCUGCCAGAAUCCCCACCUCCCUCCACUUAAUGACACCAUUACCACACGCACUCUGAUGGUGCAGAUGUUCUCUCAGUGCGUUCUGGGUUCAGCGGAUGACCUGGACUUGGACGAGUUACUUGCCACCAAACUGGUGACCUUUAUGAUGGAACACCACAACACUAUUUUCCAAGUGCCGACCAAGCUGCGUAGCCAAGUUGACGAGCACCUGUCCCACCUCAAAAGAGCUCAGAUUAAGUAUGAGGGUUCAGACACAGAUUUCAGCGCAUCUCCAGCUUUUUGUAAACAGAUCCGUCGGGUGGAGUGUGAGGAGCAGAAGGUGAUAGGUACUCAGAUCCCCCUCCAGCAGUUGCUGGAAGGCCUGAUUGCAGACAAGGAACUGCCUGCUAAGGACAAGAAGAAAAGACUCAAACAGUUCCAGAAGUCCUACCCAGAAGUCUACCACAGCCGGUUUCCCACCGAGGAAAGCAGAGCAGCGGCCUUACCUGAGAACACGCCGCGUGUCAAACCUCAUCUCAUGUUCUUCAACCUGAAGAAACCCUUCCAGCCUUUUCAGAGAAGCUGGAGUUUCAGGGCAUGAUCUGCCGUAAACACAUCUCGACCUCGGAGCCACAAGACAAGUGGUGCUCCUUACACUAUUCGGGUUCUCUUUGAGUUAGUUUUGAACAAAAGAUGAAUCAAUCGUCGUAGCACUGUAAAACCGAGGUAAUUACAUAAUAAUUAUACGAGAUUUCCUACUUAGCAAUACAAGGUAAAUGGUCUUGUGUUUCUAUAGUGCUUUUCUACCUAUGGUACUCAAAGUACUUUACAGACACAUCUACACAUUAGCCAUUCAUUCACACAUUCACACACCACUAAGAACUGAAAGCAACUUCAGUGUCGUGCUGCUUAUGCAAAGUUUGACGUAAAUGCUGUAUUCUAUGAACGUGGCUGAAUGGCGGCCGAACCGACCCGUCUCCUAGAAAACUUGAAGUAUAGAAAACGAUGAUCCACUAACGACAAGGACGUUGUUUCUGAAUAGUGUAGUCACUGUGUUUAAAAAGGUCUAAAAGGCAGAAUUAAAAGUAGCUCAAUCAAAUGAAUUUCAAAAGUAUUAACAUGUUUGUUAGAUGUUAACAUCUUAAGUUGUUUAUGAUCAAAAUACAUGAUGCUCUUAGGAGAUACCAACAGUUACACUUGUCAGAAAUAUUCUGAUGCAUUUCUUGGUCUUAAUUUACUGACAUUCAAUCAGGUAAUAUGUCGUGACUUGAACUCUAAUGUGUAAUGCAUUUCAUUUUUCUGGAACGGUCACAUUUAAUUUAAAAAGCCUUUCCUUUUUUUUGAUGAAUUAAGAAAUGUCACUGAACGUAUUAAGGACGUGUCUAUAAAGGGAAUAUAUGUGUCGCAUUCACAUAACUGAGAGGCUUUGCCUGAGCUUCUGCUGAUUAUUGUAACUACACAAAUCUUCACCAAUGAGGGAAUAAUUUGUAUGUAUAUGUAUGAAUUGUCACAUCCCUAAUCUAUCUGCACUGUUCAAACUACUCAUUUCACAUUUUACUUGUGGGUUUUAUUCUGUAUAUAUGAAAUAUUUUCUUCAAUGGUACCUAUUUCAAUGUCAUCGUUUUCACUGUAUUUUGUCAUUUUCUAUUGUCAAUCAGUGUCAGUUGUAUUUCACUUAAUUUGAGACUUAAAAUGUUUUUAUUUUUUAUGAUGAUAACUGCUGAUGUUUAUGUACGGAUUAAUGCUCUUAAACAAAUGCUGGAAUUACUGUUACACUUGAAUUGCUGCUGUGCUAGGGGUGGGGAGGGAAUCGGUAGGAUAAAAGUGAAUUCAUGCUGAUCUUCCUAUAAAAAUUCUAAGUGUCUACUUUUUUUCGUCUUAAUUUUAAUGGCUCAUAGCCAGUGUGAUGUCAUUUUUGGUUCAGUACUUCAAAACAGUUCUAAAUGAAUACUACUGGAGCAUAUCAAACAUGCAGAUUAUAAUGGUGAAGCUGUGCAAGACCCUGAUUAUUGCUUUAAUGCAGCAUUUAAUGGACCAGAUGUUUUAUUUCCCCAUAAAAAUCAUUGUUGAGUUCUUCAUCAUUAAGUAUUGUACAUUUGCAUUUUUGCUCAUGCUAAUGCUUGAAAAUAAAGUGUGAUACAGUCGGCUUUUCUAAA